UGGCUUUCACUUUUCGUCGUACAAGUCGACGGAGGCCUAUCUGGACGGGCAAGACGCCCGUUUACCCACGGAAGUCCACGGAGGCCUAUCUUCUUUCACUCCUUCCUUUCCUCCUUGCGUCUGCAUAUAUAGUUUGCCGUCGAAGCUCCGAACAUAAGAGAUAACCGUUGCUCACUUGCUCUCCCUAUUUGCUCCUGACUUCUGUUCUAUCCUGGAAUGGAUGAAGCUCGCAGCAUGGAUCUGUGCCAUGAGGCCGCAUGCUUUGAGCUACGAGAGGAUCACUCUGACGUGGCUUCUGCCUCAGGCACAUCUGGCGGGUCAGCGUGCUCAUUGGCAUCGAAUCUGAGUGAUGAUGCGAGUUAUUCUCCACCUGACGAUUCUUCGGGGUCGUCCUCAGCGUCAUCCAGCACCUUGCAUCUGGAAUCCGAGGGACCGCUCUGCGAUCUGUCUUCGCUGCUAGCCCAGCUUCCUGCCAGGAGAGGGCUGUCCAAGUACUACCAAGGAAAGUCCCAGUCCUUAACAUCAAUAUCUGGUGCUACAUGUCUUCAAGACCUUGGUAAAGAAGCAACUUACAGUAAGAGGAUGAAGACAUGCAAGAGCUAUAAAGCAGGAUUAGGGAUGAAUCAGCGGACGAAUCACUCACCGAGGAUAGGCAACAAGAUGAUAGGGAAGAGGCCUUCAAAAGGUUCAUUUGCUUGUCUGUUGUCCAGAGCAAACAGCACCAACCUCUUGUGCAGCAGUGCUAAUUUAGCUGCACAGCAGAAUGACAAAGAUGUACAAAUGCAUUUGAACUCUUAACAAAGUGAAACCGUGGAAAUAUAGAAAUAGAACGCCAAGUCUCCACUUCCCACAAACAUGCUGUACUUAUUGUACACUUUCAUAAUGUAAUUCAAACUAAUUUUCCUUCUGCGAUCAACCUAAUUUUUCUUUGUUUUAUUUUA